AAAGUUUGUAAAGAAGUCCCACCCACCAGCCUUCGUCGUCUUCGUCCGGAAAAUUGCAGUCCACCACUAAGCUUCGUCCGAGAGAAAGCACGAACUGGAAAUACACAGUGAGACUGGAAUUAUUCAGAUGCCUUGCAAUAUGUCAUACUGUACUUCCAGAAGGAGAGGAUACCCCCGAAAAAAUUCAAUAUCAGGCAGCAUCACCUGAUGAGGCUUCUUUGGUCGUGGCUGCAAAGAAUUUUGGAUUCGUUUUUUGCAAGGUGCUGACACUGUAAUUUAUGAAAGGCUGGCUAGUGAAGAUAAUGAUUUGAAAAAAAGAAUCAGGGAGCAUUUGGAGCACUUUGAAGAAUGAAGACUGAAGAUUGUGAAGAAGAAGUCGAGAAGCCACUGGUGAGACGAGGAUGACGACGACUUCGGAGAGAAGUAGGGCCUGGGUGGACGAAUCUCUGGUGGUAGAGAUCUUGAUGCGUUUGGGAUGCGGCAGAAGUGUGACCAGAUGCAGGCUUGUCUGCAAAGGAUGGAACUCCCUCAUCUCCACCCCAUACUUCACCGCUACAACACCUUCCAGAAACACCGCGGCGGCGGCUCCUUCACUCUUGUUUGCCAGUUCGGUGUCUCUGUCACCGCCACAGGCCCGGCGGUUUCUGUGCUCCACUCCCGGGAGGACGCCACCCAUAGCCUCCUCAGCUGCACCGGUCCUCAUCUAAAGCAAGUCAAAGCAUCGUGCCGUGACCUCCUUUUGCUAUGUGAUGACCUCGGCGGCGACAUCCGCUGCUAUGUGAUGAACAUGCUUGCAUGGAUGGAACUCCCUCCCACUCCGAAACCAUCGCGCUCGCUUGGAAUCAGAGUUGGCAUCCAGUAUCGCGACUACAUCUCUUAUUCCACUGCACUUAUCAUAAAGGAGGAGGAAGAUCACAACAGUACUUUGGCUGGAUCGUUGAGUUUUAAUGUGGUUCGUAUCCCCGUUCUUGAUAGCAGGUGUUUUUUUUCAAAAUAGAAUACGUCCGCGGUGGCAGUUCACCGAGUUUCCUGUUCAUAUAUAUUCUUCUGAUACAGACCAAUGGACUGAACACACUGUGGAUUGGUAUCCUUUUUGGCUCACCCAUUAUUUAACCAGCCUUCCCAUAGUGUCCCACAAUGGAAUGCUCCAUUGGCUCAAUGGCCACUCUCUUGUGUCAUGGAAUCCCUUCAACAUUCCCCUUUCGUCUAGCCAUCAUAAACUUAGCCGCACCAUAAACUUGCCGGAACCAAAUCUAGCUGCCCCAAGUUAUUUUCCACCUUCAAGUACAGAUGUCAGAAACGAUGUCACACAAGACUCUUUACUUGGAUUCGGACUGAGUCAAGACUGCCUCCAUGUGAUCAUCAAGCAUUGGGGCAACAAGCGGGCCCUUCGUGUGUGGCGCCUUGAGGAGAAGGAGGAUGUGCCAAGCUGGCUUUUGGUGCAUAAAGUGAUUGUUUCCAUGGAUCUGCCCGACAUUGGGAGAAAAGGUCUCAAAUUCGCGGCCUUCCACCCCCACGACAACAGCGUCAUCUUCUUUGAGAUGCCUGCGUUUGUUAUUCGAAUCAAUUUGCGCACACGAAAAGUCAAGUGUUGCUUAGCCACCAGCUCCAGCAUGUUAACCGCAACUCCAGUCUUGCACUACUUUUUGCCAACCCCCUCGGAAACUCUGACCAAGUUUAACGCACUUGAUGUUUUAAAUUCCAAGAAGUUUUUAUUUUUUUCUUAGUAAUCGAUAUAUGCAUAGUCUCUUUAGGCAAUAAUUC